CACCAUUUAAACCGCCAUUUUUGUUGUGAGCGUGGGUAAACGAUCCGCGCAGAUUUUACUCGAUUUGUGAAAUACCAAGAAGGAUGAGCUACGGAGGGCGUGGUCCACCCGAUACCAACGGGAUGAUUUCCCUUAAAGUUGAUAAUUUAACUUACAGAACCAACCCAGACGACCUGAAAAGGCACUUUGAUAAAUUUGGUGAAGUUGGUGAUAUUUACAUUCCUAGAGAUCGCCGUACAAAGGAAAGCAGGGGAUUUGCUUUUGUGCGAUACUAUGACAAACGAGAUGCUGAAGAUGCAAUGGAUGAGAUGGAUGGUGCAAUCGUAGAUGGACGGGAAUUAAGAGUUCAGAUUGCACGAUAUGGUCGUCCAAGUGACCCAGGCAGGGGUAGAGGUGGAGACUCUUAUAGAAGGAGAAGAAGAUCAUACUCCAGGUCCCGCUCAAGGUCACCAAGGAGGCGUCGAUCCAGAUCCAGAAGUCGAUCCAGGAGCAGGGACCGCAGAGAUAGAAGUGACUCCCGAUCUCCCUACAAGUCCAGAUCACCAUCUCGCUCCCCACGCAGAUCCCGUUCUAGGUCCAGGUCUUAAUCUGAAAAGGAUCUUUGGAGAUGAAAUAACAUAUGCUCCUGAGAGAGGAGUCCAUCAAUGACAUUUCUGCAAAGAUUUGGAAAAGGCGCAGUAAGGUGUGUGCUGUGCAGUAAGGUGUUUGCUGUGCAGUGCAGUAAGGUGUUUGCUGUGCAAUGCAGUAAGGUGUUUGCUGUGCAAUGCAGUAAGGUGUUUGCUGUGCAGUGCAGUAAAGUUGCUGUGCAGUGGGGUAUAAGCUGUGCAGAGCAGCAGUUAAGCUGCUGUGCAGUGGGCUAUUUGCUGUGCAGUGCAGUAAAGUUGCUGUGCAGUGGGGUAUAA